GGCACCCGCUCUAAAAAUACUACAACUGUACCAAAUCCUAAAAAUACCAAACAAAACAUACAAGUACAAGCGCUGAGUAGUCGAGUUAUCGAAAAAUUUACAUUUCUAAUUUACGUUGUCACUUGCAAAUCUGCAAUUAAGCAAAGUUUUCGCACAAAUACUGGAAGGCACAUGGCCUGAUCUCAGUUCUGCUAAUCUGCAGACGACGCUCCUAAAUAAUACCCAGACAUCGCCAUCUAUACAGACAUCCUAUCGUGUACGCACGGAGCUACAAUGGACAUUGACUGGCAGAAUGGUAUGACCGAGAUGAAGGACCGCGGCCAGUAUCUGCUGCACUCGGAGAAGUGGGCUGACUGCCGCUUCCUGGUGGGUUCGGUGCCGAACCAGCGGGUGAUUGCCGGCCACAAGCUGCUACUUGCCAUGGCCUCGCCGGUGUUUGAGCGUAUGUUCUACGGACAUUUGCCGGACAAGACUGACCCAAUCGUGAUACCGGACGUGCAGCCUGAGGCAUUCGAGGCAUUGUUGGAGUACAUAUACACGGACCGCAUCACCAUCGGCGGCUUCGACAAGGCCUGCGAGCUGUGCUAUGUGGCCAAGAAGUACAUGCUACCGCAUGUGGUUACGCGUUGCACGCACUUCCUCUGGGCGGACCUUAGUCCGAAGAACGCCUGUCGCGCCUACGAGUUCGCCAAGCUGUUCGACGAGCCGCGGCUGAUGCAGAGCAGCAUGGACCUUAUUGCGGCCAACACCCGCGAGGUGCUCUCCGAUCCCAGCUUUCUGGAUAUCGAGGUCUCAACGCUAAUGGCCAUUCUGGAUCAAAACCGCCUCAAUAUUGACUCCGAGCUGGAUUUGUUCAACUGCCUGCUCAAGUUUGCCAGCGAACGGGGCAUUCUGAAUGAGAGCGAAGGCGGGCAAGAGGAUGCUGGUGACCGCGACGGCGAGGCCAGGCUAGCUAAAGAGUCACCAAACUAUUCUGGCGGUCAUGUAAUGGUCGAGGAGAUAAAGAUGGAGCCCGAUGUAGCGGCUAUGGUGCAGCACAUGCAUCAGGACGAUGAGGGCGACAACUUUGAGACGGACUCCGGCAUGGCCUCCACUUCCACUUCGGCGGCUGCUGCAGCCGCCGCUGCUGCAGCUUCUGCCGCUGCCGCCCCAAAAGCCAUUGCCCCUGUCUCUGUAUCUGGCUCGCCGCCCCUGGACGUGGCAACCGGCUCUAAUGACUUGGUUAUCAUUGAUAGCGACGCCUCUGGCGAUGCCGCUGCAAACAUGAUCAACAUUAUGGACGCUCAGCGUACCAUUCUUGAUAGCGCCAUGCUGCGCCAGGCAGUGAAGAAGAUCCGCUUCCUUACUAUGACGCCGCAACAGUUCGCUGAAGGACCGGCGCGCUCCAAACUUCUGCAACAGCACGAGGCGCUGGCUAUUCUCAUCAAGAUCUCCAGCCCCACACUUAAUGACUGUCACAUGCCCGAGGGCUUUUGCGUGUCGCGCAGCACGCGCAACUUCUACGAGUUGGGGCACCGGCAUGGACAGCGGGAACUGUCCUCCUCAUCCUACCGUCACACUGGCCCUGGACUCCCUCCUGCCGGUGUUUGCUUCCCAAUUCAGGGACCGACAGUACGUAGUGGAGGGGGCGGCGGUGGUGGUGGUGGCAAUGGCGGAGGCAUGAUAAUGGGCAAUGCACCGCGCUUUGGAUCCAUCAGCGCCGGAUUUGGCUUCGGUGGCGAAGACUUGGGAAUGCGUGCCCCAGAACCCGUGGGCGUUCCAGAGCCGGCACCGGCGCCUGCCACACUACGCUGCUUCGGCGAUGCCUACGAAGGCGGAGCAGCUGCCCCGGCGUCUGGCAGUGAUAACGAGGGCAGUGGAGGAGGAGGCGGACCGGCAGCACCUGGAUCGGCGGCAGCUGGAGGCGCUGGUGCAGCCGCUGGAAACUCGCACAACGACAUGGUGCGCGCAUACUGCUUGCGCUCCCUGAACCGCCAGUUUGACUUCCGCAACACGAGCGUAACAGAUGCAGGCGUUACCUUCCAAGUGGACACGAACAUAUGGAUCCUCGGCGUACAGGUGCCCACGCGAGUGCUGUGCGGUGAGUUGAUGACCUCGGCCGGCUUCACGGAGCGCUAUACGGAGGUGCUGUACGCCCACAUUCAGGACAUGCAUGGCUCACGAAUCACAUACACACAUUGCACGGCCCGCGUGCGUUACGAUUCGCUGCUGGACAUCACCUUCGACCGACCCGUAUACAUCUAUCGCAAUCAGAUUUACAAGAUCUACGUGGUGUUCAACAAGACCGGCUGGUAUCCCAUGUACUCAUGCGUGCCUGACGCCAACUGUAACCGUGUCAAGUUCAUGUUCAAUGUGGGCAAUCCCACGGAGUCCGUGCGCGACGGCCUCAUCUACGCGAUUAUCUUCUCCACUCCCCAGGACCACAACCGUCACCUGGUGGACUAAAUCCGUAGCAAUACCUUAGCCUUAAUUGAUUUAUGUAUUUUCGAUGUGAUAGAUUUAUGUUGAUUAGCCAUGGAAAUCGAUGGAUCUGCAAGCUAAACUUGACCCAAUGCAUUGGGAGAAGGGAGCCACUUCCGCAAUCUUUUGUACAUCGAAUCGUAUUAAUCGAAAUACUGUAUUUAUGCAUAUUUGUAAAAACUUUUUUUAACCGAAAAAUAGUUUCAUAUCUCUA